GUGGAUGUCGGUUGGUUGACAAGGUGGAAAAACUCAGAACGUUGUCUCCCAGCGUCAGUCUUGUUGUAUUACAUGCCCUCUUGUUGGGAAAAUGGAUCAGAGAAAUUCGAUUCCCUAAUCAGAAUUACCGUUUGGUGAUGAUACACUUGGUGUUGAGGCAUGUGUCCAUCUGCCCUUGUGAAACACAUCAACAGAAAUGAAUAAAGACUAUGCACGAAUCGAAAUGGACCUGGCUUUUGGAUCAGCCAAGCCCUAUGGGUCCUCGAGAAGUAUUGUGAGGAGAAUAGCUUCUAGUCUUCCUUUUAACCCCUGCCCCAGGGUUCAUUUUCAGCUUUAUCCGUACAAUGAGGAUGCUGGUGUCCUGAUUGGCAGCAGGAGGCAGAAUGGUUUGGUGGCCUCUCUGGCUGAUGUCGCCUGGAUCGACAGGGAUGAGGAGGAUGACGAAGACUCCUUUGGCAGAAACAGGUCAGCGAUCCCACCUGGAUUCGUGUUUCGAGCCCGCCAGCCUCAUCCUCAGAGAAAACCCUUAACCCGCCAGAGGUCACUACCAAGCCUGCAUGAGGGGACACCAGACCCGCAAGGGCCAACAAUCAGCAACAAUGAGACCACUCAGAAGAUCAGUGCACUGGAGACAGAACUUGCCAAACUAAGAGCUCAGAUAGCACAACUCGUAUUGGCUCAGGAAAAGACCACACAGCCAGCUGCUACCACGGGGACACCUCCCCCUCCACCCUGUGGCACCCUGCCUCCCCCCCCUCCACCACCUCCUCCACCACCACCACCACCGGCACCCUCAAGUCUCCAGCGCACAUUUUCUGCCAUUGACUUGAUAAAGGAGCGCAGAGGGAAGAAGACGGACAGCCAGACAGUUUUGGAUUCAAGGCCAGCAGAAAUCCCCAGCAUGCUUGAUGUCCUGAAAGACAUGAGCAAAGUCAAGUUACGAUCAGUCAAAAGUCGUCCAGGGGAAAGUGAAGCCAAAGUGAAGUCCAGUGAGCCUGCAGAUGCUGCAGCUCUCAUCGCCGAGGCCCUGAAACGCAAGUUUGCCCAUCGCUAUCGACACGACAGUGAACAAGCAGACAAAGAGGAGUUUAAACUUCCCGUUUCAGAAGUAAAACCUCAGACCGAAUCCCCUUUGUUUGGGCAGCACAUGUUGAAAUCAACUGGAAAAAGGAAGUUGCUCUGAACAGGUGGUUCUCAACUCGUGGUCCAGAGGUGCUGUGGACACUUUGAAGUGCCUUAUCAACAUUUUUAUUAUCAGCUGUUUCUGUGGAAGAACAAGGGAUUCUGCCUGAAGUAUCCAUCAUCUGUUCUUUAUCUGAUUCAGAGUCAUCUUGACCAUCUGUUUUUGCACUUUUAUAACUUAUAUUAGCUUUCUCUUUUACAAACACGAUUUAUUGUAUUUGUUUAACUGAAUGUCUUUUUGUUUUUCUGUUGAAUAGUUUCAAUUUCUGCUCAUACCAGUCCUGAGUGAAAGUGUCAGAGGCAACACUACAGAAUCAUUUAACAUUAUUCAUUUUAUUGCUCAAUCAUUACUUAGGUUUUUGUUAAAUGUUGCACAUAGCAUAGUUGGUCACGUUUGCAUUCCCAUUUUUCAGGGGUCUGUGAAAGCUAAAGAGUUCUUUUAUCACAGAACAAAGGGAGCACUUUCUUAUUUGUGCUGUAUUGUUUAUACAUGUAUGAUAGACUAAUUUAUGAUUGGGAUCCUUCUAUUUAUGUUGUGGUUUAAGUAGAAAAUUAAGAUUUUAACAGGUAAUUAUGUUGUAGAUUUGUCCGUAAUUUUUUUCCAAGUGGCAUUUAAACGAGUUUGUUCUUUAUCUGUUGAUUCUGUGUACGUUGUGUCCUAGUUGCUCCUAGUUGCCAGUCUUGCCGGGGCUUGUAUGUCUUUUGCUGGUUCAAAUAUAUGCAUCCCAGUUUUAGUUAGUUUAUUUAUCUCCUUAGUACGAUCCGUGUUUGAGCCAAAAACAUUCCAGUGAUCUGCGAGAUUCUGCCUUUCACCAAAUAUCUUUUUAUGUCCCUUUUUAGGAUGACACAAAUAGUGAGGAAAAUAAGAUGCUCUAACUGUUAAGCAAAUUCAUAUUUUUAGAUUAGUGAAAGAACAGGUACGUGUUGUCUCCAGUUCUGUUUAUUAUGCCAGCGUAGUUGCUGCUUCAACUACUAGUAUUACCUUUUUAUAAAGGGAAGGUGGACUGGAUGUGGCAAUAGUAGGAUUUUGUAGAAGAGUUGUCUUCCAUAAAAAUCAUAAAAUUUGAAUUGUCAAAUCUCUAAAUAAAAGUUUGUUCUGUCCUGA